CAUUUUGCAGAGGAUGUCUACACUUAUAUUUGGUGUUGGUCCUGGUGUUAUUGUUGUGAUACUUAUAUGGAUUUUUAGUAUUAUUUUAUGUAUUAUGUGUAUACGGAUACGAAGAACUUUUAUAGCGAUCGUUGCUUUGGUUGUUGAAUUUAUUAUUACAUUAAUCAUAAUAUCCUGGCCUUUGGCUGGACCUACACCGAUUUCUGAAAAAGUUGAAAUCUCUGUAGAUUAUGUUGGUAUUCCGCGAUGCAUUUUGGCCAUUACAGAGGCUGUGAUUUUAUUAAUAUUUUGUAUCGAGUAUGUAAAAUAUGACCUAACUGCACCUAUAUUUGCUUCAACUAUUGUUUUAGAUUAAUAAACGG